AUGGACCCCAGAAAAGUGCCUAAAUACCUCCUCUCCGCCGGACGCCGCAUCCUCACCAUCGUCUUUGCCCUGCUCAUCUUGGGGGUCCUGACAUGGGCCUACGUCGCUGGGAUCCAGCUGGUGGCCGACCAGUAUCAGAUCAUGGCCUUCGGCCUCUACGGAGCCUUCCUCACCGCCCACCUGGCCGUCCAGAGCUUCUUCGCCUUCCUGGAGCACCGGCGGAUGAGGAGGGAAUCAUUGACCUGUAGCUACACCAAGACGGUGGCGUUGACCAUCUCGGCCUACCAAGAAGACCCGUCCUACCUCCGGCAGUGCCUGGAGUCGGUGCGGGCCACCCUGUACCCCCGCGAGAAGCUGCGGAUCCUCAUGGUGAUCGACGGCAACAGCCCCGACGACCGCUACAUGAUGGACAUGUUCCGCGAGGUCUUCGCCGGCGAGGACGUGGGCACCUACGUCUGGGAGAACAACUACCACCAGCAGCCCCCGCUGGAGGGCGAGGAGGGGAGCAGCGGCUCCCAGGGGACAGGAGGGGAGGAGCCUGGCCCCUACACCGAGGUGGAGAUGUUGGACCCAGGCCAGCUGGUGGUGGAGGAGUUGAUCCGCUCCAGGCGAUGUGUCUGCGUCAUGCAGCGAUGGGGCGGGAAGCGGGAGGUGAUGUACACGGCCUUCAGGGCGCUGGGCAACUCGGUGGACUAUAUCCAGGUUUGCGACUCAGACACCAAGCUGGACUCCAGGGCCACGGUGGAGCUGGUGAAGGUGUUGGAGGCCAACAAGCACUACGGAGCCGUGGGGGGUGACGUGCGGAUCCUGAACAUCUCCGACUCCUUCAUCAGCUUCAUGAGCAGCCUGCGCUACUGGAUGGCCUUCAACGUGGAGCGCGCCUGCCAGUCCUACUUCGACUGCGUCUCCUGCAUCAGCGGGCCCCUGGGCCUGUACCGGAACGACCUCCUGCAGCAGUUCCUGGAGUCCUGGUACAACCAGAAAUUCCUGGGCACCCACUGCACCUUUGGUGACGACCGGCACCUCACCAACCGCAUGCUGAGCAUGGGCUACGCCACCAAGUACACAGCCCGCUCCCGCUGCUACUCAGAGACCCCCGCCCAGUUCCUGCGCUGGCUGGCCCAGCAGACCCGCUGGACCAAGUCCUACUUCCGCGAGUGGCUCUACAACGCCCUCUGGUGGCACCGGCACCACCUGUGGAUGACCUACGAGGCCGUGGUGGCCGGCGUCUUCCCCUUCUUCGUGACGGCCACCGUCCUGCGCCUCUUCUACGGCGGCAGCCUGUGGGACGUGCUGUGGGUCCUGCUCUGCGUCCAGCUGGUGGCCUGCGUCAAGGCGCUCUACGCCUGCUGGCUGCGGGGCAGCCCCCGCAUGAUCUUCAUGAGCCUCUACGCCCUGCUCUACAUGGGCGGCCUCCUGCCGGCCAAGUACUUCGCCAUCGCCACCAUGAACAAGAGCAGCUGGGGCACCUCCGGGAGGAAGAAGAUGGUGGGCAACUUGAUGCCCCUGCUGCCCGUCUCCAUCUGGGGGCUCCUGCUGCUGGGGGGGCUGGCCUACACCCUCUACCAAGAGGCCCUGGCCGACUGGACCAGCCUGGUCAAGCAGGCCGAGCUGGGCUACCUGGUCAUCGGGGUGGGUGUCUACCUGGGCUACUGGGCCAGCAUGGUGCUGCUGUACUGGGUGUGGAUUCGGCGGUGCUGCCGGAAGCGAGCCGAUCACUACACAGUCCAGGUGUGAGGCCCGGACGCCAGGGUUCCUUGUCAUUCUCUUCCUACCUCCCACCCCCGGCCUGGCUAUGGGGAAGCUGGAAGGCCGGAUUAGACAGGGAAGUGAUGGCUAAUGGGGAGUGAAGGAAGUGAGGGCGCCAGGACUCCUGGGUUCCAUCCCCUGCUCUGGGAGGGGAGUGGGGUCUAGUGGUUAGAGCAGGCGGUGCGUGGGAGCCAGGAUUCCUGGGUUCUAUCCCCAGCUCUGAGAGGAGAGUAAGGUCUAGUGGUGGGAGCAGGGGGCUAGUAGCCCGGACUCCCGGAUUCUAUCCCUGACGUUCACAGGGGAAUGGGGUCUAGUGCAGGGAGUCUCAAACUGGGGGUCAUGACCCCUCAGGGGGUCUCAAGAUUAUGUGGGGGUCACAAGCUAUCAGCCUCCACCCCAGACCCUGCUUUGCCUCCAGCAUUUAUAAUAGUGUUUAAUAUAAUAUUUUUAGUAAAAUAAUAAUUUAAUUUUAAUAAAAUAAAAUAAUUUAUAAAGGGGGCAGUCACUCUCAGAGGCUUGCUGUGUGAAAGGGGUCACCAAUGGAAAAGUUUGAGACCCACUGGCCUAGUGGUUAGAGCAGGGCGGCUGGGAGUCAGGACUCCUGGGUUCUCUCGUCACUACGGCCAUGUCUACACUACAGGGACUAUAGUGGCAUAGCUCCAGUGGCGGAAGGAUGCCAGCUUAACCCCGUACCGUAGACUCAGCCGACAGCAGCAGAGGGGGGGGGUUCCCUCGGGGUAGUUAGGACAACCCCCCGAAUGACGCUAGGUCCACUGAUGGACGCCUUCUUCCACUGACUGUUGGGCAUCUCUUCAGCGCUCGGGAGGCUGGGGGGGUGGUAGAUUUUUCACCCCCGUCAGCCCCAUAGCUCUGUCAGGCCCAAGACACAGUCGCUCGGAAACUUCAGUCUUUCCCCUAGUACCUGGUUAAUGUUCAGCUCCAGGCAAUUGUCUGACCUCGUUUUAUUUAUUAAUCUCUUCGUCUGCGGCUCCCACACCCGCACGUCUCCGUUGGGACUGUCUUAAACCAGUGUUGAAAUGCAGCUGCCUCUGGGGUGGGACGCGGGGGCUGUUUACACAGGGAAUCCCUUGCCAGGCGCUGAGAUUCAUCCGUCUCUGGGGAGGAGCGCAUCAUUGCUGGACUUUAUGUUGUGGAUGUCGUUACGUCUGCUGAAUGGCCACGCUCAUUGGUCAAACCUCAUCUCUUCCAAAUCAGUGAUGUCUGCAAGCUUCGGGAGGAUCUCCCUUCACAGCGGUAGUAGGUUUUUAUCCUGCCCUGCGCAGUUUGCCCACUCCAGUCCGACAAAUGCUCCAAACUUUAGAUCCUGUCGCCGUUUGCUCGCACUGAAAAAAUCCCACCCCAGAUUCUGAGUUUGGGGAUGAAGGUUUGGAGGGGAAAUUUGCUGCUCUUGCUGGGUGGACCCUUUCACCUCGAUAAACUUUACAGAUUGUGAAGGUGAGAGGAGGCCCCUCUCCAGCAGGGAAAUGAAGGAACGUAGUCUAUUUAUUUGUCUGUAAUAAUUACAAAGAGCCAUUUAAGAGGAGAGAUUUUUAUUGGAUUUAUUUUAUAAAAUGUGGCAAAUAAAAUGUAUUUUUUUGAAAAAUCUGUCUCCUCGACCCUUGUCAUUAACUUUCCUUGUGUUCAUUUGGAUUAUUAUUGAUAAGCCUUCGCUUUAUACAUGGACCCCUGGCCCGGUGCUGAGAUGCAGCCACUUCUGGGGUGCAGUGCGUGGGUUGUCAAUCCAGGAAUCUGACCUCACUCCCUGCAACACAGUAAUCCCUACACCACACUGGGUCAUUGGGGCAACCAGCCCUGACUGCCAGGUGUCAUGGACUCACAGGUCGUGCCCACUCUUGACCCCGUGCGGUCCAUGGGGGGAUGCCCCUUUCAGUGAGCCAGCCCUUCUCGGGGGGGCCACUCUCUUUCGGGGUUAGGCCCCUCCACCUCCUGGAGCCGCACCUCUCUGAGCCUUAGCACGUCUGUCUCUCUCCGUGGGCCCCCCUCAGGGAGUCCCCUCGCUCUGGACCCCCAGGGCCUCCACCCCCCAAAGGGGUUGAUACAACCCCGUUCUCUAGACUAGAGCGACUCUCAGCCAGCGUAAAACAGGAGGUUUAUUGAGUUCUGAACACAGCACAGGAAACUCUCAGGGCUUCAGGCCUGGCCUCCCUCAGCCCACCACAUCCCAGUCUCUCUGCAUCCAGGCGGGCUCUGCCUGCUCCCCCUCUCCAGCCCAGAACCCCCCUGCUCGCAGCUGGGCAUCUGAUACCCCCGGCCCCAGGCCCCCUCGGUCCAUUGUCUUCUCUCCAGGGAAACAGGGUCGCCUGGGCCUCCUCUCCUCUCUUUGCAGCCCAUUGUCCUCCCACUGGCCAGAAGGGCUGUGACUCCUGAGCUCCGGGUCACCAGGUCACCAGGUCACCAGUCACUGGGGUCUCCAUUCUCCAGGCCAGUGGCUGGGGUCCCAAGUUCCCUCUCUGGUCCUCUGUACCAACAAACUGCCUCUCCCCUCCCCUCGUUAAACCCGUAGCACCCAGGGAAACUGAGGCCCACCCCCUCUGCAUGCAAACCAUUGGAAAACCAAGAAAAUCCCCCAUAGGAAACAAGGAAAACAAGAAACUCCCCCACUUCGUCUCAUCUCUCCCCCCUUCGAGGCUGAACGGAGCAGGGUCACUUAGCCGGUGACCCAGGGAAGUUCAGGGCCCCUGCCCCAUGAUAAAACGUCAGCUAUAACAUUGGCCCACCUCCAUGUCAUACCCCUGGAGGAGCAUGGCCCAUCUCAGCAGCUUGGCAUUAGCCCCUUUCAUUUGGUGCAGCCACGUCGGGGUGAAUGGUCGGUGCACACGGUGAAGCACCGCCCACGGCUGCAGUUUUUUAAGGGCCCACCCCAGGGCCAGGCAUUCCCUCUCUAUGGCCGCAUAGUGCUGCUCCCGGGGCAGCAGCGUCUUGCUCAGGUACACAGUGGGGUGUCUCACCCCUUAGUAUCAGUUUGCAUCAGCACCGCCCCAGCCCUGUGUCCGAGGUGUCGGUGAACACCAGGAAGGGUUUGUUCAAAUCCAGGUUUACCAGCACUGGGCCCUGGAUAAGUGCCCCCUUCAGCGCACGGAGAGCCCUCUGGCACUGCUUGGUCCAGACCACCUUGUCCGGCUUUCCCUUCUGACACAGCUCCGUGAGGGGUGCUGCCAGGGAGUUAAAGUGGGGCACAAACCUCCAGUAGUACCCUGCCAUCCCAAUGAAAGCCUGGACCUGCUUCUUAGUCUGGGGAGCGGCCAGGCCUUGAUUGCCUCCACUUUGGCCGUCUCCUGCUUUAGGUGCCUGCCCCCCACCUUGUGGCCCAGGUAUGACACGUCUGCCAUCCCCACCUUGCAAUUUUCCGCUUUUAUGGUCAGUCCUGCAUCCUGGAGACGACCCAGCAUCCUCUUCACCUGGGACACAUGUUCUUCCCAGGUCUGGCUAAAGACACAGAUAUCGUCAAUAUACCCUAGAGCAAAGUCCUCCAUCCCCCUUAGCAACUGAUCCACCAGGCGCUGGGAGGUGGCAGGUGCCCCUUUGAGGCCAAAAGGCAGGACCAGGAACUCGAAGAGCCCUAUUGGGGGGGUGAAGGCGGACUUCGCCCUGGCCUCCGGGUCCAGAGGCACCUGCCAGCAGCCUUUGGUAAGAUCCAUGGUAGUAAGGAACCGGGCGCCCCCCAACUUGUCUAGGAUCUCAUCGGUCCUCGGCAUGGGAUAGGCAUCGGACAUGGUGAUGGCAUUGAGCUUCCGAUAGUCCACUGAGAAACGGAUCGACCUGUCCUUCUUGGGGACCAGCACCACUGGCGAGGCCCAAGGGCCGGAGGACGGCUGGAUCACCCCUAAAGCCGGCAUGUCU